CGUCAAAAUCUUCACCGCCCGCAAGGGAUUUUUUUUUGGGACCCAUCCUUGGCGUGUCGAAGGGCUAGGUGCGGGGCAGGGCAGUUGUUAAAAAGGUGAGACUCCCGGUUCAAUUAUUGUUCCUGCAGCUUGAGGUCAACACUGGAAGCACAGCCUCAUCAGUCAGGGUAGCUUCGACGUGCUCAGCAAAAGCCAUCCGUCGUUAAUCACCAAGAUGAGCAAGUUUGGGGUGAUGGUAAUGGGCCCUGCUGGGGCAGGCAAGUCCACUUUCUGCGCAUCCCUCAUAACACAUCUUCACCUCAACCGGAGGUCGACGUUCUACGUAAACCUUGAUCCUGCCGCCGAGACCUUCGAGCACACUCCCGACCUCGACAUAAGAGAGCUGAUCUCGCUCGAGGAUGUCAUGGAAGAGAUGGGUCUCGGCCCCAACGGCGGUCUGAUCUACUGCUUCGAGUUCCUGAUGGAAAACCUCGACUUCCUGACCGAAGCACUCGACUCCCUGACCGAGGAGUACCUCAUCAUAUUCGACAUGCCCGGCCAGAUCGAGUUGUACACGCACAUCCCCAUCCUGCCGUCGCUCGUUAGGUUCCUCUCCCGCUCCGGCGCGCUCGACAUCAGGCUAUGCGCCGCCUACCUGCUCGAGGCGACCUUCGUGGUCGACAGGGCCAAGUUCUUCGCGGGCACGCUGAGCGCCAUGAGCGCCAUGAUUCUGCUGGAGAUCCCGCACAUCAACGUCCUGAGCAAGGUGGAUCUCGUCAAGGGGCAGGUGAAGAAGAAGGAGUUUAAGAAAUUCUUGACCCCCGACUCGACGUUGCUAGAAGAAGACCCGGCAGAGGUCGCGAGGAGGAAAGCCGGGCUCGAGCCGGAGGACGAGGGAGGGGAUCCCCAAGACAAGGAUGCUCUGAUGAGAGGCUCCAGCUUCCGGAGGCUGAAUACUGCCGUGGCGCAGCUGAUUGAGAGCUUCAGCAUGGUGAGCUACUUGAAGCUCGACUCAUCAGACGAGGACAGUGUUGGGUCCAUUAUGAGCUACAUCGAUGACUGCAUACAGUUCCACGAGGCACAGGAGCCAAGGGAGCUUAGAGAUGAGGAGUACGACGAGGAGUAAUGUACCGUAUUGUGUCUCGUCACGGUUAUGGGGCUCAUGGCAUGGAUGGACGGACGGUGGGACAAAUCUGGGUAGGAAAAGUUGCAUAGCGUCGGCGUUGGGGUUAUUGAUAGAUUAAAAAGUAACCAAGAAACAAGACCUGUAUCCCGAUUCCCGAGUUUGGGUUGUCGGCUGUACGCAUAGUCGCCCUCCAAAGUCCCCAUGGGGGUG